GAUCACGGUUUAUAAUAAUACAAUUUUAUCAUUAUAUAAAUAAUUGUCAACAUUUCCGAAAAAUUAUCAUCUUUAUCAGGUGUAAUUGUACAUUGAACAUGACUUUUAACGUUGGGACGUGGUGGCGUAAUAAUGGAUUGAAAUACACUAUUUUGGUCCUGUGGCUGACCUUGUGUACCCUCCUGUUCCGGAACACAUACAACACCUACAAAUACGACCUGGAGUACUACUAUGUCCACCGAAUACUUGGGUCGUGGUUGUGUAUUUCCCGUGGGAGUGCAGCUGUCCUCAACCUGAACUGUGGCCUUCUACUCCUCCCCAUGUGUCGGAGUACUAUCACCCUUCUCAGAAAAUGUCAGAAUAUGAUUCAGCUGGGUUCAUUUCAACAAAUAUUUGCGACUGUUAAAGGAUUUCAUAUCGUGUGUGCAUACUCCAUUGUAAUUUUGGCGGUCGUACAUUGUGUGGCUCAUGUUUCAAAUGCCAGGAAUUUCUCGACUAAGUUUGAUUUUACACACAGGAAGCUGAAUGCAGCCUUGUUUCCUGGACAGGACCCUUUCCUAAUUAUCCUGUGCACAGUACCAGGAGUAACGGGAAUGCUGAUGCUUGUCACAUUGUGUUGCAUGGUGUCGUCCAGUACCAAAUAUUUCAGGAAGAACCAUUACAAUUUGUUUUGGUAUGUUCAUCGAGUUCUCUUCCCUCUGUUUUUCGGCCUUUUGAUGGUCCACGGCAUCAGGGGCCCUAUCAGAAGGCAGACGAACACACGCAAUCACACACCCGGAUGUAACAGCUCGCUACCACAACCGGAAUAUUUACCGGAAACCGGAAGUGUGUGUGAUGAACACCCGCAGUUUGACCACAUUGGUUGUAGUACAUGGAAGUGGCUAGUAGGACCACUUGUGGUGUACCUGGGCGACUGUCUAUACCGGUAUGUACGGAGAUCUCGGAAGAUGACUGUCACGCACGCGCACAUGAUAGCAGACGACAUCGUCCAAUUUGACGUUCACAAAGACAACUCACAGUUUGCUUUUUCUCCUGGACAGUAUGUAUAUCUAUCAGUUCCGGAAAUUUCUACCAUGGAAUGGCAUCCGUUUUCUGUUUGUAUGAAUGAAAAACAAAAGGGGUCCUUCCGAGUAUAUAUAAAGACUUCAGGAGACUGGACAGAAAAGCUGAAAAAUCACGUAAUACAGGAGACGAACACAUCCCUCGACACAGUAACAAGUAAAAGACCUCAUAAGUGUGUGUACGUGGACGGUCCAUUUUCUAGCCCCCUGGAAAACGUCACCAGUUAUCCAAUAUCUGUGUGUAUAGCCGGCGGUAUAGGUGUUACGCCAUUUAUUGGUUAUAUACAAUAUCUAAGAAACAAAGACCAUGCCUUCCUUCGGUGUCGGCGGCUGUACAUGAUAUGGGUUGUACGGGACAUGACUAGUAUAUCCCUAUUCGAGGAAGAGUUUGUCAAACUUCACCACCACUGUUACGAAGAAAAUGUUCCUGAUUUUCUUGAGAUAUCGUUUUAUGUCACAUCACCACUGAAACAGACACUAGCUGGUGAGGGCUUCACCUACGGUAGAACCACGUUUGGCCGACCUGUAUGGCACACCACACUUGAUAGCUACUUCAAACGACAUUCAAGGUCAAAAUUUGGAAUUUUCGUCUGUGGACCUCAUGGAAUGAUAUCAGAUGUUCGAAGAGGAGCGCAAAGUGUUUCAAAUAAUAGCAAUCAUUUAUAUUUGCACCAUGAAAGCUUUUGACUCUUUUGAACCAGAAAUAAAGGACAUUAAAAUUAUAAC